CUAAUUUCGAUUGUCGAUUUUUUAAUUAUAUUUCUUCUUUUCUAAUUUGUGGAAGAUGGUAGGUUUGAUGUUUGAUGGGAGAAAAUUAGAAGUGUCAUUUGAUAUAGAAGAUUGUGGGGAUGCUUGGUUUCCAACCACUAUACGUGAAUACUUAGGAAACUUAUCUUUUCUGGUGGAGUACUGGAGCAAAAAAAUUGGCGACAAGGCUCAAAAUCUGAAAGUAAAUACUACUUCCCUUCACAUCAGACCAUGCCCACCGGUUCUCGAGGAUAAAAGAUUUACUUUGUUUGAAAAAGUUGAGGCAUUCUUUGAUUUUGGCUGGUGGAGUGGAGUGAUUACGAAAGAACUUGAGGAUAGUAGGUACAUUGUCUUCUUAAAGCAGAUAAAAAAACACAAGAAAUUCCAUCAGUCAGAACUUAGACCUCAUAUGGAAUGGAAAAAUGGAAAAUGGUUCACUUCUUCCCAGGGAGUCUCAAUCCUAUCUUCAGACAACGGAAAUGAAGGCCUGAAGCCCAAAUGUGCUGAUGGCAAUGCUGUGUCUGUGCUGGUAGGGAGUUCAGGCAACAGAAAGGACAACUCUGAAGAGGAAAUACCUUGUUCGUUGAACUCAAGGGAGAAUCAGAUUAAACAAUCAACACCUCCUCAGAAGAAGUUUAAGGAAGAAAAUGUAGUGUCAGUGGCAUUUAUGGCACGUGAGAAAUCAAGUGAAGAAUGUGAUCAUGUUUCUGUAAACCCAGCCUCUUUAAGUAUUGGAACCAACUCCAGGGAACAACAUGCUGCUAUGGAUCAGUCGUCAUAUGAACCUUCUCGGGGGAAGAUAAUUGUAAGUAGUUCCUCUCCUCUGAAAUUCCUUAUGACAGUUUUUUCAUUUCUGUAUUCAAAGUUGAAUCAGUCAUAAUGGAUCUAAGACAAU